GCGGAGCGCGUCCCCGCGGAUCACUUUCAUUACUUUACACCGGGGCUUGGAACUGGGGCGGGCCGUUGGUGGCGGCGGAGGAGGAGCGGCGGCGUGGGCUGGUAGACAUGUCGUUGCCAAUGUUGCAGAGUAACAGUGGGCUGAUGAGAAGGAUCCUGGCACACUUCCCCCGGGACCUGAGUCUGGCCUUCGCCUAUGGCUCCGGCCUCUUUGGGCAAGCUGGGCAGCCGGCACCCAGUAAUAAUGUGCUGGACUUUGUUUUUGCUGUUGAUGAUCCGGUCACUUGGCAUACAAUGAAUAUUAUGAAAAAUCCACGGCAUUAUUCUUUCUUGAGGUUUUUUGGACCAAGAUAUAUUAGUAAAAUACAGAAUAAUUAUGGAGCUGGAAUAUACUACAAUACAUUAGUACCAUGUGAUGACAGGAUAAUCAAAUAUGGUGUUAUCAGUACAGGAACUCUGAUUGAAGAUCUUCUACAUUGGAAAAAUUUAUACAUUGCUGGAAGACUACACAAACCUGUGAAAAUUUUAAUCCAAGAUGAGAAUGGCAAAUUGCAAGCUGCAUUAGCUAGAAAUCUGAAAAGUGCAGUAACAGCAGCCUUUCUCAUGCUGCCAGAAUCAUUCACUGAGGAGGAACUCUACGCUCGUAUCGCUGGACUUUCCUACUAUGGUGAUUUUAGAAUGAUUAUUGGAGAAGACCGAUCAAAAAUAAUGAAUAUAGUCAGUGCAAAUAUGGAAAAUUUCCAAAGACUCUACAAUAACAUUUUACAGGAGUGCCCUCAAGUGGUUUACAAGCAACAUUUGGGUAAAUUAGAGCUUGAUAAAAGUCCAGAAGGUCAAUUCAAUCUAUUAAUGGCGUUGCCCAGAACUCUUCAGCAAGAAAUCACUCGUUUGGUAGAUCAACCAGGAAAAAAUAGAGAUGUAGAGGAGAUCUUGCUUCAGGUAGCCCAGGACCCGGACUGUGGAUUAGUCAUACAGCAAAGUGUAGGUGGUAUCGUAAAGUCUUCAAGUAUAACCCAAAGUGCAAAAGGAAUACUUACUGCUGGUAUGAAAAAAACAAUUACCUACAGCAUGAAGAAGCUGCACAAAAUGUGGAGGGGAUGGAGAAGAAAAUCUUCCUGAAGUAUUUGAUAAUUAUAACUUAAUUUUUUAAUAAGUUAUUUUUUUAUUAAGGUUAUGAGCUAUUUGUUUUUUUCAUGUUAUUUGGAUGUUUGAUAAAAUUGUUUGCAUCAUCUUUCCAAAGUCUAGCAGCAUCAAUAAUUUAAUGCAUUUUAUUUCCAAGGAAUUUUAUGAAUACAUGCGUAUUAUUUAUGCUAAUGGCACAUUAUUGAAAAGCUUAGACAUUUUCAGCAGUGGGUAUUUAUUGAUGAAAGUGGAAUACUGCAUACUGCAUCAUACAAACUCUCCGGGAGUGUGUAAAGAUAAAUUCAAUUGGGAAAACAAGAAAUAGCUGAUAUAAAAUGAACCACUUUACCAACGUAGCAAUAUCAUUAUGAAUGUUUUAGUCAUGUGAGCUGUGCUUAUUUUAUGGAUUUUCUUUUCCAAUCACUUAGAAAUAGUUUUAAAUAUUUUGGUUUAAUUGAAUUCAUUGAAUAAUUGAACACUUUAUCGUAACUAAAUCAGAAGGUACAAAGAAGGUUAAACCAUGUAUUGCCCUGCCUAUGUACCAGGCGCCUCACUGCAUGGUGAAUUUACCCAUUGUAAUUAGUGCAAUUAAUAUUAUUAUUAUUAAUUAGUGCAGAAGGUGGCAACUAAUGACUGCACUGGAUCCAUGUCAGCUGUCAAAUUCAAGAAAUUCAAAUUAAAAAUUAAAAUAUUGUUGCUACUUUGGAGAACCAGUACUAGAGAGUUGGCCAGAAUUGCUGAGGGGUUGAAAUCGUUUGCCUGGGAUUUUUAUCAUCACAAAGAAAUCACAUGUUCAUCUUGAAUUUAAAAAAAAAAUUCACAGUUUAAGACCGCAUACUCUAAAUUGUUGCAUCAUUUACAGCAACACACAUCGCUUUGAAAAUGAGAAGUUGUUUGGCCUCAAGGGCAGGCUUAAUUGAAUUAGGUUGUGAAAUCACUUAAGUGUGCUGUCAUAUUGUUAUGCUAUACUUUUUACAGUCAGUUUAUAUUUUGGUAAUUUAUUUAGUAUAAUGGCAAUUUUGAAAGUUGGCAAACUUACAAUGGCCCUAGUGUGUAGGAAAUUUAUAUCUAGUCUGCAUUAAUCAGUUGAGAUAAUCCUUUGCUCAUUAAAUUAUCAACAGAUUUGUAAUAAAAACCUGGUGUGAUAUAAAAUAUAAUAAAUCUGAAAAUUUAUAACACCUUCCUGAAUAUGAUCUUUGUUUGCCCAACAUCAGUUAAACUCUUCUUGACCUCUGAGUAUAUUUACUUGGAACUAUUUGAUGUCAUGUUCUAGUUUAGGGCAGAAAAAUCCAUUGUAUGCAAGAUGAUGUUAGACACCCACCAUUAAACAUCAUUAAUAUGCACAAUGCCAUAUAGUAAGUAUUGGAAAUAUUGAAAAGAGAAACUUGCAUUCAUAUGGCACGUUUGACAACCUCAUGAUGCUCCAAAGUACUUUAUAGUCUUGGAAGAAUUAUAGUCAGUAAUUCUCAUGUCACAGAAUUAUGAUAAUUGAAUAUUUUUUGUGUAUUGUGUUCAUUAAUAAAUAUUAAAUAGAGAAUUGGGUGAC